AUGAAGAUUAAUCUAUUUUUCUUUAUUCUGCUCUUUUGUCUCACAGUUUUACCAGCCAGAAAGAGCUAUUCCCAAUAUGAUGAAUUGGAUUUGACAAGAGAGUGCAGAAAGGGUAAUGGUCGAUGUAAAGUUGAAUGCCAAGAAAAUGAAAUUAGGAUUGCUUUCUGCAUAAAAUUUGCAACUCAUUGCUGCUUAGAGAGGUAG